CGCCAUUUUUCUUCGCACGCUUCCCGCACACGCAGUUCCUGUUUUCAGGGAUUCCAUACCUGUUUCGAAUUCAGAUUCUGCGCGAAUGCGGUGGUCUCUUAUUUCCCCUACAGUUGUCAACAAGACAAACAACUCCGAUUCUGCUUUCAGAAAACUUAAUACGGAGUUUAACGCGAAAAUGAGCCAGAGUUAUUCCCGCGCGGCAACGAUUGUGGAACAUGUUGCUGUUGCCACUGACAUCUAACUUUAUUUGUAACUUUUCAGAUGAGUUAUUGCGUUUGAUGUUAUGCAGAGAACUUCCAUAGUGUUAUUGAUAUUGCUUCUUUCCAGAUGCGUAGACGUAAGCGGAAAUGGAGAGCUAUCUCCUGACAGACUACUUCGACAUGCUAGAGAAGUAAAUGAUGAAUGCAAUUUGACUCUGACAGUCUCAGGAAAUGGAGGCACAAUAUCCAGUCCAGGUUACCCAGAGAAAUAUCCAAGCAAUACAGACUGCCGUUGGUUGCUUGUUAGUGAAGAUCCGAAUGCUACACUCUUUCUUCGAAUUGACACCUUGCAGAUCGAACCGGACACAAACUGCAAAUUGGACUACUUACAGGUGCACCUCGGGUCCUCGACCCUGGCUCCAGCUCUGGACCCUUUAUGCGGCAAUAUCAAAGACAGGGUGAUAAAGACUAAUUCUUCGACUUUGCUUGUGGUGUUUCAUUCCGAUCCGGUUUACGAAGAUAGGGGAUUUUCUGUGGAUUACUUUACGCAGUCAGCUGGAGAUUGCAAGACGUCGUUGACAGGAAGUUCCGGCGUAAUCAGAAGCCCCGGUUUUCCAAAUAACUAUCCAGACAAAACAGACUGCUGGACACUGAUUACGGUGAAAGAAGAUAAGAAGAUAGCUCUCCAUUUCGAUUCAUUGGAUCUAGAGUACGGAGAUAACUGCACGUUCGACUACGUUCAGAUAUACGACGGAGCCACUCGAGAAUCCCGCCUUUUGGCACAAGUCUGCAGUCGCCAAGAUAUCAGCCACUAUGAAUCAACGGCAAACAACCUGUUGAUACAUUUUCACUCCGAUGAAUCCGUGAACAGAAAAGGGUACAGAGCACAGUACUCAGCUAUUGGCAAACGCACUCUGGUCACUGGAGAUUGUUUGUGGGAAAGCGGUGAUAAUAAUGGAACAAUUGCAAGUCCAAACUAUCCAGCCCACUAUCCGAGCUCUUCGAAUUGCAGCAUUUGGUUACAAGCCCCCGAAGAUCAGAAGAUAUUCAUACAGUUCGAUGCCCUGCAGCUAGAAAUCGAAGUCAAUUGCUCUUAUGAUUUCUUACAAAUCAACGAUGGACCUCCGCCAGAUUCUAAAUCGAUGGGCAGGUUUUGCGGUAAAAACAGCGAUCCCAAGAACUUGACCUCGGCGACAAACGAAGUGGAAAUACUAUUCCAUUCGGAUGAUUUUGCAGAAUUUUCCGGCUUCAAAUUGAGAUAUAUGUUCAUGAAGAAUGAAAGUGAAUCUACUCCAGAGCAGGCUAUCAUAAAACAAAUCAAUGGAAAAUUUUCUUUCGAUACCAUUCCUAAUAAUGCCACUUUAUCGAUUGGAUCAUCGCACAUGUUAAGAUGUAACACAAGACAUCCUCUUGCAAAGAUAAGAUGGUUGAAGGACGAUCAUUUCUUAGCUGGAGGCAGCCCAAUGCCUGGAUUAAAAGUUCUGAAUAAUAACACACUUUGGAUAAAAAGCAUGGACCAUCAUUUAGCUGGUCGGUACACCUGUGCCAUGGUCACACCCGAAGAAACCAUUUCAGUGGAUGCCUACAUUCUUGUAGAGAGUGGAGCAAAGAGAAACGAAUCGUCUUGUGGCAUAGUUUUUCGAAAGAUCCCAAGAGACAUCUCUUACGCGGAAGGAGAAUUCGCGCAUCUUGAAUGUCUAGCAUCGGGCACACAUGUUCAGAUUUCCUGGGAGAAAGACGGCCAACCUCUGAAGAAUGAUGGCAACCGCGUGACCAUUCUCCCCAACGGAUUCAUCUUUCUCCCCAAAGUUGCACUGAGUGAUGCAGGCGUUUACUCGUGUGUAGCUUACGACAACGUCGCCAACUGCCAAAAGAAGGAAUCGGCUUUUCUUCAGAUAAUCGAACGUGCACCCAUUGACGAAAUUUGCGGCAAACCAAAAGUUGGAAUGCCUUCAAAAGAUAUACCUUUAAUGGAGCACGGGAAAAUUGUGGGUGGUCACAAUACGAAGAAAGGUGCUUACCCAUGGCAAGUGAUGUUAUGGGAGCCGACCCUCAAAUCGUUCUGUGGUGGUUCGCUGCUGAACGAACGAUGGAUAGCUACAGCUGCUCAUUGCUUCAUCAACUACAAAGGCCUCCGAUGGGACCGAAUUGUCAUCAAAUUAGGCAAGCAUGACAGAGAACACGAAGAGGAGGAAGAAUUCAGAACCGGCAUAGCAGAUCCAUCUUCCAUUGUGGUGCAUCCUGCCUACAACAAAGUGACCUUUGACAACGACCUCGCCCUGGUUCGAUUGAGAGACCACGUCCACUUUUCAGACUACAUCCUCCCUGUGUGCCUGGGAGAUCGAGAUCUGGGGGAAAAGUUUCUGGCAGGAUCUUCGGGAGGCAGUCCAAUCUACAUGGGGACAGUAACUGGAUGGGGAAAGCUGAAAGAAUUCGGUCCAUCACCAAGAUAUCUGCAAGAAAUUCGUUUGCCGAUUGUUGAUCAAAAGAUUUGCCUGGCAUCUACAAAUUAUACGGUGAGCAGAAACAUGUUCUGUGCAGGCUAUGCACAAGAAAUUCUCGGUGAUGCCUGUCAUGGAGACAGCGGUGGUCCCUUUCUUAUGCCCCACAGAGAGAGAUGGUAUUUGGUAGGCAUUGUAAGUUGGGGAGAAGGUUGUGGCAAAGCUAACAAGUAUGGAUUUUACACUCGAAUUCCAAAUUACCUACCAUGGAUCAAAGGAAUUAUGAAAUCGUGAAUAUAAUUUUCUUGUAUAUAUUGCUGCCAUUUUUUAAAAUAAAUUUUAGUCAUGAAGAAAAUAUUCCAAAUGAGAGGAAUACAAAAACUAUUUGGCAUCACAGAAAUUUGCACAAUAAAAUGCAGUUCUCUUUUACAUACAUUUUGAUUGAGAUUCAUACAUCAGCAAGAAAAGAUGCAAAUGUAAUGGAUACAGAUGUACUGGUUGUAAUAAAUUUCAUUCUUUCAUUA